GUUGUUACCGGUAAACUAAUUCGAUAAUUCCGAGGAACGUCCAUCCUUCCCCUUAAAUCCCAUCUCUACUCUCUACUCUGAGAGCAUUGUGAUUCACGAAAACAUGUCUCGUCUUCUCAACACGUCGUUCCUUCCUUGUUCCACUUGCAGAACCCGAUCCUCCUCCGCUCCUCAUUCCCGCGUUAACAAGCCACGAAUCGUCAGCGUCCGGGCGAAGAUCCGAGAGAUCUUCAUGCCUGCUCUCAGCUCCACCAUGACCGAAGGCAAAAUCGUGUCCUGGGUCAAAUCCGAAGGCGACAAGCUCAGCAAAGGGGAGAGUGUUGUGGUCGUCGAAUCCGACAAGGCAGAUAUGGACGUGGAGACUUUCUACGACGGUUAUCUCGCCGCAAUCAUGGUCGAGGAAGGCGGUGUGGCUCCCGUUGGAUCCGCCAUUGCUUUGUUAGCUGAGACUGAGGAAGAAAUCGCGGAUGCUAGGGCUAAAGCUUCCGGUGGUGGUGGAGGCACUUCUCCAUCUCCGCCUGUCUCCCAAGCACCUCCGGUUGUUGAAGAGAAGGUUUCGGCUUCGGUUCCUCCGCCGAAAGUUGUGUCUUCCGCGUCGGCUGUGCAUCCGGCGUCGGAAGGAGGGAAGAGAGUGGUGGCUUCUCCUUAUGCCAAGAAGCUAGCGAAGGAGUUGAAAGUGGAGUUGGCUGCUUUAGUUGGAAGCGGGCCAAUGGGAAGGAUUGUUGCUAAAGAUGUUGAAGCCGCUGUUGCUGCUGCUCCUCCUGUUCAAAAGGAGGCUAUGGCUCCUGCUGUUGCUGUUGAGCUCGGCUCCGUUGUUCCAUUCACCACAAUGCAAGGCGCCGUGAGCAGGAACAUGGUUGAGAGCUUGUCGGUUCCUACUUUUAGAGUCGGUUACACAAUCAACACCGAUGCUCUUGAUGCUCUCUACAAGAAGAUUAAGUCUAAAGGUGUGACAAUGACGGCACUACUAGCAAAGGCAACUGCACUUGCACUCGCAAAACAUCCAGUUGUAAACUCUUCCUGCAGAGAUGGUAACAGUUUUGUGUAUAACAGUAGCAUCAACAUUGCUGUUGCUGUUGCCAUUGAUGGUGGUUUGAUCACUCCUGUCCUUCAGAACGCCGAUAAGGUUGACAUUUAUUCAUUGUCUAGAAAAUGGAAAGAAUUGGUUGAUAAGGCCCGAGCCAAGCAGCUGCAGCCCCAGGAGUACAACACUGGUACUUUCACUCUCUCUAACCUCGGAAUGUUCGGUGUUGAUCGGUUUGAUGCAAUUCUUCCCCCUGGAACUGGAGCGAUUAUGGCUGUAGGAGCAUCACAACCUACAGUGGUUGCUACUAAAGACGGCCGCAUCGGCAUGAAAAACCAGAUGCAGGUGAAUGUGACGGCAGAUCAUCGUGUUAUCUAUGGUGCUGAUCUCGCACAGUUCUUGCAAACAUUGGCCAGCAUUAUUGAGGACCCAAAGGACCUUACAUUCUAGGCCUAAUUACUGCUUUUUUUGCGACCCAAUCUUCUCUGCUUUUAAUUCCAUGGGAGCUUUGUAUUUCUGCGGUAAUCUGUUUCGUUGAUAGAAUCGACUCUUUUUUAAAAGAGUAAUGUUGAACAUAUACUCAUUUGUUUGUGUUGAGAUAUCUCCUGCAACAUUUGGCACAUUGAAAGGCCUUCUCAUAUGAUUUCGUUGCAGUAUUUUCAUAUCCAUAUUUGAUUUCGA